AUGUCCGCCAACGUGCUCAGCGUCCGCGACACCAACGCGCAAAUGAAACCGGCCUCUCCCGAGAAGAAGGCAGACAAGCCUGGGCCUAAGAGCCUCGAUGUCCACCGCCAGGAGUUUGUGUCGCGCCUGAAGGAGAACGACACGACGCAGCAGUACGUCUCCCCCAGCGACUCGAUUCAGUCUCCGGCUACACAGAAGCUCAGCGCUUUCCGCAACAAGCACAUCACCAAGAAGACUAAGCCGCAGACGCUCUUCAAGAGCACAAGCUCCAAGAACUUUGAGUCGGCUAAGGGCGCGGCCAUGUUCGCUGAUAUCCCCAAGAAGGAACAGGACGCGAGCAAAGCAGAGGCGAAGGCGGAGCCUUAG